CCAUGGUUCGUUUUCGUAAGGCAUCAUAUUGUGCGGAUAACAGUGAUGCACUCGUGUUUAAAGCACAUCUACAUAAAAAUACAAUAAACCUGCAGCUUGAGUAAUAAGCGCUUCGUGAGACGGUGACAAAAGCGCGCGCGUUGAUUGGCCGGUGCGAGCGCAGACGACCGCACGCGAAUGUUUCAUUGACAUGCAAAUGAGCUAGUAUAAAACCUCGACUCGAACCCUUCAUAGAUGAACAGCCAGUCCCGUCCGGUCCCCACACACAAUAAAAGAAAAGCAAACACAGCGUCACCCUCCGCCGCUUUCCACCGUGAUGGCUCCAGUGCUCCCACUAGGGAAAAACGGCUUCGGAGUUGACGAGGAUGAUUUUUAUGCCAUUAAAGGUGACAGAAAGACGCGCAAACCUUUAGUGGAGAAGAAGAGACGAGCGCGCAUCAAUGAAAGCCUGCAGGAGCUAAGGACACUACUGGCAGAGAGCGAUCUGCAGACGAAAAUGGAGAACGCAGAGGUGCUGGAAUUAACAGUGAAGCAUGUCGAGAACAUCUUACAGAACCGUACCCAGGAGGCUGAAACGAUGAAUCACGAGGCCAGUGAGAGAUUUGCUGCAGGUUACAUCCAGUGCAUGCAUGAGGUGCACACCUUUGUGUCCACGUGCCCGGGCAUCGAUGCCACCGUGGCCGCAGAGCUGCUCAACCACCUGCUGGAGUGCAUGCCGUUAAAUGAGGAUCACAUUCAGGAGAUGAUUGUGGAUCUCUUGUCGGAGCCCCACACCUCCGGCGGACCAUGGGCAGCCGAGGCACCGAGUCCAGGAGACUGCAGCGUGUCUUCCGUUCUGUCCCAGUCCCCAUCUAACCCAUCCAGUGAGGAUCCCUGCUCCGAUCUGGAGGAGACGGAAAUGGAAGGGAGCCCGGCGUCAGCCGAGGACAGCCUGAACUCCUCCAACAUCACACAUGCCAAGUUCAUGUGGAGGCCUUGGUAGAUAGGACCGUGGAUCUUACAUUUUUUUUAAAUGACUGACUUAUUCCAUCUAUGGAAAUCUAUUCGCAUGAGAAAUUAGGAUCUGAUAUGCUGGGAUGUGGCACCAUUCAAUGGAUCAGUAUGGAAUACAUGCAUAUGGUGACUUUGAUCACUUGGAUAGCUACAUAGUCAUACCUGACUUUUCAAUGUUCUUUUUUUAAAGGAAUGGUAUGUCUUAAAGCUGUUUUUGAAAGCGACUUCUAGAUUGAAUCGUCUUUAGAAGUGUAAUGCGGUGUACUAUAGAGACAAGUGAAAAUGGUUUGGUAGAAGACGUUUGUUUCUUUGUAGACCUAGACUUGUGCACUAGAAAUUCACAGAUAUUGUUGCAUAGAUUAAGCCUAAAUCUGGCCUUUAUUAGUAUUAAUACAAAUGUUUUGAAUUUGAUGUUCUUAUAAACAAUAAAACAUUAUUUAAUUGUAUUAUGAAUAAGUGUGAGUUCACAGUUUGCAGAUCAUUCAAAUGCACUAUAUGGCAGUUGCAGAUUGUUAUUUACUGAUAAGAAGAUGAGUCUUUAUCAAUUAAAACCUCUAGUGGCUCGUUUGUUUACCAAGAAAUGAAAAUUCACCCUCAUUCCAAACCUGUAUGAGUUUCUUUCUUCUGCACGACACAAAACAAGGUCAUUUGAAGAAUGGUGGUAACCAAACAACCCCUUUUUGACUUCCAAUGUAUGAACACAAAACCACCGAUACACUUCUCAAAAUAUCUUCUUUGUGUUCCACUGAAGAAAGAGUCAGAUACAGGUUUUGAAUGACAUGAGGGUGAAUAAAUGAUGACAGAAGUUAGAUUUUUGGGGAAACAAAAAUGUGGUUAUGGGUAUCAUGGCUCAGCAGUGAUACAAAAGACUUUAACUUGAAAAUGUUUGUGACAAAUAUUAAGCUUUUGAAAUUUAUCGAAGGUUGAUAACACUGGAAAACUCCAGCGGCAUUAGUUGUUAUAAUAAUUUACAAGAUGUAAUGUUGUAUCACAUCGUGACUCAAUGUUACAGCUGAAUUAUAAAAGCAUGCUAUUUUUGGCAUUCAUUACUUAAAAACACUUUCACUGACCAAUGGGAUGCAUUGGAGGUCUUUGAGAAUACAAUGAGUGGGGUGAAGAGACAGUUAACCGUCUGCCUGCUGAGAGAACAGAUGGUAAUGUAGGAAUCCCUCAGGACCACAAUGCUGAAUGUGAGGACCAGCUGGUUUAUUUAUGAGCAAAACUGAUCAAUAUCACUUUCCCCUUCAAAGUCCCCAUAAAUACAAUUUAUUCAGUUAUGCGCGCACUCAGAUUAUCAUAAAUCAACGGUACUGUGAGGUCUACAGCUAAACAACGCACAGCUAUACUUCAACCGUAAGAUAUACAGCCGUGGAAAAAAUGAAGAGACCAUUCCAAAUUGUCAUUUCUAGAUGUAUUGUGGUCAUUCCAGUCCAGCGUCCAUUACAUUUCAACAAAAUCAAACCUCGGGAGUGACAUAAAGUCAUCCAACAGCAAUGUGAAAGAUGCAGCAUGACAAGACACGUGAACACUUUACAAUAAGGUGCUAUUUGUUAACAAUGAGUUAAUGCAUUAGCUAACAUGAACUAACAAUGAACCAUACUUAUACAGCAUUUAUUAAUAUUAAUUUAUGUUAAUUUCAGCAUUUACUAAUACAUUAUUAAAAUCAAACGUUGUCACUGUUGACUUUAGUUAAUGCACCAUGAACUAACAUGAAUGACUGUAUUGACAUGAACUAACAUUACGGAUUAAUAAAUGCUGAAAAACUAAACUGAUCAUUGUUAGCUAAUGCAUUUACAAAUGUUAACAAAUAGCACCUUAUUGUAAAUUUUUACCAAAAACUGUGAUCAAAAUCCAGGUUAUCAGAUAAAAAACUUUUCCUACAUACAUACGGUUGUAUUGCUUUUAAAGUGAAUCUGAACUUGUUUUCUUUGCAGUGUUUGAGGUGUGAAAAAAUACAGAGCAUCUUUUCUGUUAUUUUCAUCUGUUUCUCCAGUUUUCAUUUUCUGCAAAUAGAAACAAUAUUUUUAUUUGACAUUUGGAGGAAAUAUUGUUAGUGGUUAUAGGUAACAUAUACCUAUAAAUGGUAAAUUCAGGAAAAAAACCAA